UAAAUGGAAAAUUUCAAAACGGUGUUAUGACAUGAUUCGAUCUUUCGACCUCCAGUCAAAGUGAAUGCGGACGGUUUGUAAAAAACCACAGAUUUAAUGCAAACAGUGACUCAAUUGACCAAAAAUCGCCUGAAAUUAUAAUUCCACACGUGCGAGGUCACUUUUGAUGGAGGAAUACACGCGUGAGCCAUGCCCCUGGAGGAUCGUGGACGAUUGUGGGGGCGCCUUCACUAUGGGGCUCAUCGGCGGCGGCGUUUUCCAGAGCAUUAAAGGCUUUCGCAACGCCCCUUCGGGUUUCAACAGACGAUUUGUUGGCAGUUUGGCUGCUAUCAAGCAACGGUCCCCUAUAAUCGCCGGCAACUUUGCCGUUUGGGGCGGCAUGUUCUCCACAAUUGACUGCGCCCUAAUCCACAUUAGGAAAAAGGAGGACCCCUGGAACUCCAUUAUAAGUGGGGCCGCGACUGGGGGCAUCCUCGCGGCGAGAAACGGGCUCCCGGCCAUGGCCGGGAGCGCCUUCAUUGGGGGCGUUUUGUUAGCUUUAAUUGAAGGAGUCGGGAUUUUGUUCACUAGGUUGUCAGCGGAGCAGUUCCAGCCGCAGAUGCCCCCCAUGGAGGACCCCUCCCAGCUGAGGGGGCAACAGAACGGGGGCUACUCGUUCCAGUAGGCGCGCGUGUGUUUGUAGAUAAAUUUUUGUUUAAGGCGUAAAUAUAAGUUUAUUUUGA